AUGGGGGCUCUCAGCACCCAUCCCCGAGACCCCCCCACCUCCUCGCCGGUUAACCCCUCCCGCCCCCGCCCCCCACUGACCAUCCCACUGCCACAGGUGUGGGGUGACGCGGCCUCACAGAUCUUCUACUCGCUGGGCUGUGCCUGGGGCGGGCUCAUCACCAUGGCCUCCUACAACAAGUUCAACAACAACUGCUACCGGGACAGCAUCAUCAUCAGCAUCACCAACUGUGCUACCAGCGUCUACGCUGGCUUCGUCAUCUUCUCCAUCCUGGGCUUCAUGGCCAACCACCUGGGUGUGGAUGUCUCCAAGGUGGCCGACCACGGGCCAGGCCUGGCCUUUGUCGCCUACCCUGAGGCCCUCACCUUGCUCCCCAUCUCGCCACUGUGGUCCGUUCUCUUCUUCUUUAUGCUCAUCCUCCUGGGGCUGGGUACACAGUUCUGCCUGCUGGAGACUCUGGUCACGGCCAUUGUGGAUGAGGUGGGCAACGAGUGGAUCAUCCGCAAAAAGACCUUCGUGACGCUGGGAGUGGCUGUGGCUGGCUUCCUGCUGGGCGUCCCGCUCACCACACAGGCGGGGAUCUACUGGCUCCUGCUGAUGGACAACUACGCUGCCAGCUUCUCCCUGGUGGUCAUCUCCUGCAUCAUGUGCGUGGCCAUCAUGUACAUCUAUGGGCACCGCAACUACUUCAAGGACAUCGAGAUGAUGCUGGGUUUUCCUCCCCCGCUGUUCUUCCAGAUCUGCUGGCGCUUCAUCUCACCUGCCAUCAUAUUUUUCAUCCUGGUCUUCACAGUGAUACAGUACCGGCCCAUCUCCUACAAUGACUACGUCUACCCUACCUGGGCCAUCAGCAUCGGCUUCCUCAUGGCACUCUCUUCCGUCAUCUGCAUCCCCAUCUACGCCAUCUACAAAGUGUGCCGUUCUGAGGGGGACACACUGCUUGAGCGCUUGAAAAAUGCUACCAAGGCAAGCAAGGACUGGGGCCCAGCGCUGCCUGAGCACCGCAGUGGGCGCUACGCUCCAGUGUUCAGCCCUUCCACCGAGUCCCACCUGGAGGUGCAGCCCCUGCAGCCAGAGAAGGGCCAGAAUGAAGCAGCAGCUGCAUCCCCCGUGCAGGGCAGCAAUGGCUCAGCCCACAGCCAGGACUCCAGACUGUGACCCCCUACAAUCCCCGCACCCCCUCUAACCCCUCUUGCACCUUCCGCUGGCGGAGCCUGGCUCCGGGCUGCACUGGACCAUGGGGGCUCUCAGCACCCAUCCCCGAGACCCCCCCACCUCCUCGCCGGUUAACCCCUCCCGCCCCCGCCCCCGUGGCGUUCGUUAACCCUCGUGUUUACGGUAACCUUUGUGCUCGACGCUGGGACAAGAGAGGAGGGGGCACAGCCCCGGGAGGGCCGGGAGCCAGAGGCACUUUGCAGGGGCCUUGACCUGGGGGUAUGCACAGGAUGGGGGGGUGGGACGCUCCCAGGCUCCCACCCCCCCUUCCCUAAGCCAGGCAGCCUGCCCUGCCAUGGGGCACCCUCCUGACCUUCCCCUGGGAGGACAUGGGGUGGGACCAGGGUUGGGCAUGCCAGGAUUGCCCGCGACCUGUGUGUGCACAAGGCUGUUAGGGCAUGGGUCAGCACUGCAGGGACCCCCAGCCUGGGUGCACGCUCACCAUGGCUCAGAGCCUACUGGGUCUCACUGGUGGUUGUACCCAGGGCUGCUGCCAGGCACAGGCCAGCACAGGGACAUGGGGGGCAAGCAUGUUGCUUGCACCGGCGGGGGGGUCUGAUGGCACAAG